AUGUCUAAUAUUAUGAAAGGAGAUCAAGAUUAAAUAGUAGUUAGCAAUUUUUAUGAUACAAAUGAGUUCACCUUUUAACAGCAAUAAAAUAAUGAAACUUCAAGAGUUAUUAAUGAGUCUAAAAUACUUGCUAAACUUGAUGAAUCUCACUAAAAUCAUUAAGAACGUGAAGAUGAUGAUGCUAAUCUAAACAGUGACUAGACUAUAAUUGAUAAUGGAAAUAAUAAUGGUCUGGAAAUUCACAUGGAAUUUGGAAUGUUUUCUGAAUGUUCUUAUAGUGAGAAUAGCCUUAAAUAGACAUAUAACGAAUAUAUUGAAGGAGGAGUAGGGGGAGGGUCAAAUAACUAAAUAAUAAACCAAUUUUACAACAAUACUAUCAUUGAAGAAUCUGAGAGACAAACUUUAAAUGAUGAUUAAAGCAUUCUGGUGUGGCCGAAAAAAUAUAUUAAGGAAACAAAUAUGAGCAAUAUUGUAUAAUACACUGAGAUUCACAAUUCUCCAAGAGUUAUAUAAACCUCCCUGAAAAUGAAGAAUAAUUUCAAUCUAGUUAAUGGUAAUAUAAGUCGAAUGUCAGUUUACGAUAGCAAAAAUUAUCAGAGCUUAAAAUAAAAUGAAUCAGAUAAUAAGCAUGAAUGCUCAGAAGACAUACUUUUAUUCUAAAAGUAAAAAUUCGGCUAAAUGAAUUAGCUAAGGCAACCUUUUGUUGGGCAUCAAGAUGAAGAUGAAUUUACAUAUUUAGAAAAGGAAAGUUUUUAUGAAUGA